GUGCUGUGGUGAAUGUAGCGCGUCGCACCGCUCCGGCGGACUCAGUCGCACGCUUGAGCGCGUAAUAUACGGAGUGCCACUGUGUGACAGUUGAGUGUGGGGAGUGAAGUGUUGUGAUUGUUUCUUGAAGCCACAAGUUGUAUUGUCAGCACAAUGUUGAACCCAUUUAUGGAUGGUGGGCACAUGGGUUCACUUAUGGGCCACAAGUUGAGUCCGCCCACCCAUCACAUGAGCGCGGACGGCCUGACCCACGCCCAGGGGAACCAGUACAACAAUGGGUAUGGCAUGUCGCAUCAUACCAUGCACCAUGGGCACAUGGGCACCUACCCCAGGGACCUCUUCCUCCGGCGGGACCACAUGGCGUCGCUGGGCACGUUGGGUACACACGAGCUGGCCAACAACCACCAACACACCAUGUUCGGGGCGACGCUGGCGGGCCACGAUCCCUCCUCCAUGAUGUUCCCCGGCCUGCAUGACGCCCACCACGGCCACAUGAACAACAUGAACAGACUGGCGGGGAUGGACUGGUCUCACCAACAGAUGGGUUCACAAUUUCAUCCCGGUAUGAACCACAUGAACAUGAACCCCAUGGCUGCCGCCCACGCCCCUGGGGCCUUCUUCAGGUACAUGCGGCAGCCCAUCAAGCAGGAGUUGUCGUGCCUGUGGGUGGAGCCCGACCAGCCCAACCCCAAGAAGCCCUGCAACAAGACUUUCACCAACAUGCCCGAAAUAGUGACGCACAUUACGGUGGAACACGUGGGCGGCCCGGAGUGUACCAACCACGCCUGCUACUGGCAGAGUUGUCCCCGCAACGGCCGCAGCUUCAAGGCCAAGUACAAGCUGGUGAACCACAUACGGGUACACACGGGAGAGAAGCCCUUCCCGUGUCCCUUCCCGGGGUGUGGCAAGGUGUUCGCCCGCUCAGAGAACCUUAAGAUACACAAAAGAACACACACGGGGGAGAAGCCGUUCCGGUGUGAGUAUGAAGGCUGUGAUCGACGCUUCGCCAACUCGUCAGACAGGAAGAAACACUCACACGUCCACACGUCAGACAAGCCGUAUAACUGCAAGGUGAGGGGGUGUGACAAGUCCUACACACACCCGUCCUCCCUCAGGAAACACAUGAAGGUGCACGGCAAGUCUCCUCCGCCCUCAGGCUCAGGCUACGAGAGUGAUGACUCCACCACCACCAACGGCACCUCCACCUCCUCCUCCCUCGUGUCCUCCACCAACCCGGGUCAGACCUCUCUUGUGUCGGGGUCAGGUCUGCCGGGUGGCGCUGGUGGGGGCGGUGCCGGGGGUGGCACUGCGGGGGGUGGUGGGGGCGGUCACUCCACCAACCUGAGUGAAUGGUACGUCUGUCAGAGCGCCGCCGGGAUGCCAACGCCGCCCAGCAACGAACACAGUCCUGUGGGCGGCCUCAACCACGUGUUACCGCCCUCCUCGACGGCGUACUAGCAGUGGGCGGCCUGUGGCGCCCCCACACCCCCCUAUCUCCCUCCGUCAGUCUCCCUGGAAGGGGAGGCGCCAGGAGGGACACCCACCGUGGGGGCUCGGCUGUCCCCCGUCCUCAGUGAUGUACAUAAAGUGUACAAAGUGUACAGUGUAAAUAAUGUACAGACAAGUUGUAAUGAUAAGUUUGUACCGCGCGACGAGCUGUAGGGCGGCGCCCCCAGCAAGUGAGACCUGACACGUUGUUUUUGUACUACCAAGGUGCUCAACCCUUUAUUUAUUGACAGACACGCGUGUUGUACCUCCGUUCAUCUCUGUGUAUAGUCCUGUUUUUCCUUCAUUAUAAUAAACAAAAAUUCUUAA